CUGAGGAAGUAUAUGAAGCUGGGCUGGCACAUAUCAAAAGCCCACUUCUGUAAGUGAACUGAAUUCUUUCUUUUUUCCCUCCGGUGGUUUCUCGAGAAACAAACGGGCAACCGGAGAUGAGAUUGCCCAACGCUUUUGCCGUCCGAAUCCUGUCAUCGUCUAGUGGGAAACGACCACCAUGUUGCUCCAAUGGAGGGUUGAACUCGAGCUUCGAGAUAUUAUUAGGAUCGAAGCAAUCAUUUUCCACUUCCACCAACAAGGAAGACUUCACUGAUCCCCUGAAUACUCAUGCUUCCACCUUGACAACCGUGUCCGCUGAUUCUUCAACAGCCGAGCUAUUCUCCGGCGAUCCUGGUCACCGUACUUUCGGCAAUGCGGGUCCCAUCCUCAAUGCGUCCACUUCCGCGGCCGUCUCAUUUUCGAACCACAUCUACAGCUUGACGAGGAGCAAUCAGUACGGCGAGGCGAUCCGCGUGUUCGCCCAAAUGUUGAGUCAGGGGAUUUCACCGGACUGUUAUGUGCUGCCCAGUGUCGUCAAGGCGACUGCUGGGCUGUCGUCUUUGAAGACAGGGGUUCAAGUUCAUUGCUUGGCGUUUGUCAAUGGGCACCAUUCGGAUUCGCUUCUUCUGUCGUCUUUGGUUCAUUUCUACCUCAAGUGCGACAGACUGAUGGAAGCCCGCAAGGUGUUUGAUAGAAUUCCCCGCCCCAAUGUGGUGGCUUGUAGCGCUCUGCUUUCGGGGUAUGCGCGAAAGGGCUGCGUGGAGGAGACGAAAGAGCUGCUUGGAGAAGCGGUGGAGAUGGGGCUGGAGCUGAAUUUGGUAUCUUGGAAUGGGAUGAUUGCCGGAUUUAAUCACAGCAGACAUUUCAAAGAUUCUAUCUUGAUGUUUCGUGAUAUGCAUUCGGAAGGGUUUAAGCCCGAUGGGACAAGCAUAUCUAGCGUCCUUCCUGCAGUUGGUGACUUGGAGAUGUUACCCUGUGGGGUUCAGAUUCAUGGCUGUGUGAUCAAGCAAGGUUUAUCCCAAGAUAACUGGGUCGUUAGCUCGCUUGUCGAUAUGUAUGGGAAGUGCGCACGUCCAAAUGAGAUGUCAAAAGUCUGCGAAGAGUUGCAUGAGAUGGAUGUUGGAGCUUGCAAUGCAUUGAUCACAGGGCUAUCUAGGACUGGCUGUGUGGAAGGUGCAUUGAAGAGAUUUAAACAAUUCAAGAGACAAGGACUCAAUUUGAAUGUAGUUUCAUGGACUUCAAUGAUAGCAAGCUGCUCACAGAAUGGAAAAGACAUGGAAGCUUUGGAACUCUUUAGAGAGAUGCAGAUGGAAGGAAUCAAGCCAAACUCGGUGACAAUCCCAUGCUUGCUUCCAGCUUGCGGGAACAUUGCGGCACUAAUGCACGGGAAGGCAGUCCAUUGCUUCUCUCUGAAAAACUGGGUCUCAAAUGAUGUCUAUGUUGGUACAGCAUUGAUCGACAUGUAUGCUAACUGCGGCAGAAUACAAUUGUCUCGACGUUGUUUCGAUUCGAUGCCUAGGAGAAACCUGGUUUCCUGGAACGCAUUGCUAGGUGGAUACGCCAUGCAUGGAAAGACUAAAGAAGCAUUGGAAGUUUUCAACUUGAUGCAGAAGAGUGGUCAGGAACCUGACUUCAUCAGCUUUACUUCUGUUUUGUCUGCCUGCAGCCAAGGUGGGUUGACCGAGGAAGGUAAGUUCUAUUUUGAUAGCAUGUCGAAAGAUUAUGGGAUUGAACCAAGAUUAGAGCACUAUUCCUGCAUGGUCAGCCUUCUGGGCCGUGCUGGAAGGAUAGUCGAGGCAUACACAAUGGUGAAGCAGAUGCCUAUGGAACCUGUUGGUUGUAUAUGGGGACCUUUGCUCAGUUCAUGCAGAGUUCAUCACAAUCUAGCUAUAGGAGAAAUUGCUGCACGAAAACUCUUCGAAUUGGAACCAAAUAAUCCCGGUAACUACGUUCUCUUAUCCAACAUCUAUGCGUCUAAAUCGAUGUGGGUUGAGGUGAAUUCAGUGAGAGAGAUGAUGAAGAGCAAGGGUUUGAGGAAGAAUCCUGGAUGUAGUUGGAUUGAGAUCAAGAACAAAGUGCACAUGCUACUGGCUGGUGAUAAUUUGCAUCCUCAGAUGCCUGAGAUAACAAAAAAGUUGGGUGAACUGAGAGUAGAGAUGCAGAAGUCGGGUUACUUGCCGCAUACAGACUUUGUGUUGCAGGAUGUGGAGGAGCAGGAUAAGGAGGAGAUGUUGUGCGACCAUAGCGAGAAGUUGGCUGUUGCUUUGGGACUUCUGAAUACUAGUCGUGGGUUUCCACUUCAAGUGAUCAAGAACCUCAGGAUAUGUGGAGACUGCCAUGCUGUGAUAAAGUUCAUCUCUGAGUUUGAGGACAGGGAAAUUUUCGUCAGGGAUACGAAUCGGUUUCAUCAUUUCAAGGAUGGAGCCUGCUCUUGUGGAGACUUGUGGUGAUAUUGCAUUGAGUUGCUACUCGACUAAAAGCUCUGCGACUGCAUGGUCCGAGUCUCAUUGCCAGUCAAGGGAAGGAAGAGAUGAGACAUUAUUGAAUCAAGUUCUUCCAUUGGGAGGAACGUGCAUAUCUAACUCUCUAGAGCUGAGGGCCAGAAGAUUGGCUCAAGGGUGAAAUGAGAUCGUCGAACACGGAGAAGAUAGCAUGUCCCAAGAGCAAUGCGAUGCCUGGAACUCUUCUAUAAGAUGGUGUCCAAAGGUUCAGGCUGGAUUGCAGAAGUGACACUCUUGCCAAUUUACCAUGGUGCCAACAAGGCGAAGAAACAGAAGCCCUUUGAUGCUUGGACUUUGACCUCGGAUCCUGUUCCAUUACUGCUGCUGAACUUAAGAGGUACAAUUGAGGUCUAGAUCGGAAGCUGUGGCCACUGGAAUUGCAGCGAGUGGUAGAAACCAAAACUAGCAUUGUUGUUAUUGAAUUGUUAUCAUGAAUGCAUUAACUUAACAAUGAUUAUAUGUAAGUUUAAGAAAAUUGUACAAAUUCU